AUGGCCAACCUACAGUAUGCACAGCUUCCCAAGUUUGAAUAUCAGACAAUCGAGCGUCAAUAUCAGACCUUCGACCGUCAAACUUUGCAAUUUUCAUUUUAUCCCGUCACUGCUACUUCUUCGGAUGGUCUGACAUCGGAUAAGGAUCAGGAUAUCACCAAUAACGCGACCAAUUCCGAGGAAGGCCCAUCCCCAGAGAGUGCUCCCGUAGAAGGAUCAAGUAGUUCUCCCGAUGACGCUGCACCUGCACCCGAAUCCGAAGAGUCACCUGAAGCGGCAGCUGCUCCACCUCAGCCUGAACCGUCCGAUGAGCCUGCACCAGAAGCCAAGGAAGGAGAACCUGCGCCAGAGGCAGACGGUACCGAGCAGAAAGCGGAAGACGCUGUCGCCCCCGAGACGCAAGCGGCCACUGAAGAUGCAGCGCAAGACCCACCGCCCGAGGAAGGUGAUGGUGCCGCAGCUGCGGUAGAUGAGAGUCCCGCGCCGGAGAGCAAGGAAGGCGAGAGCAACGAGGAUGAUUUUCCAGAAUGUGAUCCGUCCGCGGAACUCGAUAAGGUGGAGGCCGAGAAAGAGGAAGCGGCACGGCAAGCGGAGGAGGAUGCAAAGGCAGAAGAAGAGGCAGCAGUCGCAGCAGCCGCCGCAGGGGUCCCUGAUGACGUCGAUAUUGAUACUGGAAAUGAGAUCUCACCUACAGACAAUCCGGACAGCGAAGAAGCUGCUCCCGUACAGGGCGACCCACCAACGGCCGGGUCGGCAGACGAAGAUGCGACGAAACCCGACACGGAGGAUAGCCCAGCCCCGGACGGACCUGCUGAAGAACAGAGCGACCCACCACCCGAAGCGGAGGAGGUAGUUGACGACUUGGCCGAAGCUGCCGAGGCCGAUGACUCAAAAGAGCAGCCCGUCACUGAAGAGCAAGCUACCACUGAGAAUCCCCUUGCUGAGGAGCAGCCCGCUGCUGAAGAGCCUGCACCUGAACCUUCUUCUGAGGCAGAACCCGCGGCACCAACUGAAACGGCGGAGGAAAACACUCCAGAAGAAGCGGUAGCUGCCGAGAAUGCAACGGCAGAUGACGUUGCAGACGAAACCGCACAGGCGGAGCAGACGUUAGAGGAGCCCACUACUGAGAAAGCCCCUGAAGAGCCUGAGGUUGAAGAAAACGCAGUCGAGGAGAAGCAAGAGGAGGUAACCGAAGCUCCCGCAUCGGAAGAACCAGCAACUGAGGCACCGGCUGUGGACGAAACUGUGGCUGAAGAUGCUGUCGCCGAAGCGGCUCCAGAAGCACCCCCGAGCGAUGAGAUGGCUCAACCAGAGGAAACCCCUGCGGAAGCUCCAGCGGAAGGGAAGGAAGAGGAGGCUCAUGAAAUACCACCCGAGCAACCUCCCACUGAAGAAGCUGCUAAAGAGUCACCGCCUUCGGAUGAAGAAGUUGUCGAAGAAUCUGCUUCCCCCGAACCUGUAGCCGAAGAGCCAGCACCUACCGAGCAGCCCCCUCCUGCAGAUGAGCCUGCACCUGAAGAAUCUCCUGCUGCCGAGGAGCCGACCCCCGCUGCACCUGAAGCUGAAGAGCCUGCGCAACCGGAGGAGACUCCAGCUGAAGAAGCUCCUGCUGCAGAAUCGACUCCUGUUGAAGAGGCCCCGGCAGAGGAACCUGUUGCUGAAGAGCCUACUCCAGAUGUCGAAUCUGCUCCAGUUGAAGAGGCUGCUGCUGAGGAACCGCCUCCAGCCGAAGAACCUGCUGCGGCUGCAGAACCCACUCCAGUUGAUGAGACUCCUGUCGAGGAGCCUGCCCCAACAGAAGAACCCGCGGCUGAAGACCCAGCUCCAGCCGAAGAGCCUGCUCCUGCUGAUGAACCCGAGAUAGUUGAAGAAUCCGCUCCGGCUGAUCUACCUGCGCCUGUUGAAGAGCCGCCUUCUACUGAGGAGUCUCCCCAAGUUGAAGAUCCUGCCCCCGUUGAGGAGCCUGCUGCCGCUGAGGAGAUUCCUGCUGAGGAACCUACGCCAGUUGAAGAGUCCGUCACUACCGAAGAUCCUGCUCCAUUGGAGGAACCUGCCCCCGCUGAAGAGCCUGCUCCGGCUGAGGAGAUUCCUGCUGAGGAGCCAGCACCUGCGCAAGAACCUGCUGAGGAAACAGCGCCAGUUGAAGAGCCCGUCCCUGCUGAAGAGCCUGCUACCGUGGAAGAGGCUCCUGUUGAGGAGUCUGUCCCUACUGAGGAAUCCGCCCCCGUUGAAGAGGCUCCUGCAGCCGAGGAAAUUCCUACUGAGGAACCUGCUCCUGCUGAGGAACCUGCCCCAGUCGAAGAACCUGCUCCUGUUGAAGAGCCUGCUCCUGUGGAAGAGCCUCCUGCUGAGGAGUCUGUUGCGGUCGAGGAGCCUGUUCCAGCUGAGGAAUCUGCCCCCCUUGAAGAGCCUGCUGCCGCUGAGGAGAUUCCUGCUGAGGAACCUGCCGUUGUUGAGGAAGCUGCUCCUGUUGAGGAACCUACCCCAGUCGAAGAACCCGCUCCUGUGGACCAGGAAGUCUCCGAAGAGGCUCCAGAGCCAACGCCUGUUGAGGAAACCUCGAGAGAUAUCGAUGGCUUGGAGCCCUUGGAGGCAGCUUUGCCAGCUGUUGUUCCAGCCGCCAUAUUAGCCGAUCGUGCACGCAGGAGGAAGAGGCGGUCCCCCGAUCUGGGAGAGAGACGACAUUCGAAGAGUUCCUCUGAGGAAGUACGAAGAUCAUUGCCACGCCAGAAACUUGAGCGAAGUGGCAGUCUCCUUGAUCGGUGGAACAAGUCUCUCGAGGAAGCCAAGAGACAGCAUGAAGAAAAGCUACGGCAGGAGGAAAAACGGAGCAAAGACAAAUUGCGUGCUCCCGAGAAGACAGAGAAGGACAGGCCUUCCUUGGAGCGAGAGCGCUCUAAACGAAGCGAGCGUUCAUCGAAAGAAGAAGCUGCCCUGGAUGUCAAGCCCAGUCGACGAAGGUCCGAGCGCUCAGGCAGCUAUGAAGUCGAGCGUUCUUCGCGAGAAAAGGCUGCCGCGAGUAUCGAACCGGCCCGACAGACCGGAGAGCACUCGAGUAGUCGCGGAGGCGAGCGUAGAAGCACCUCCUCAAGGGACGGCCAUGCAUCGGGUUCCAAGCCGCGAGCCUUCUUGAAAUAUAUGACAGCAGCCGAAUCAGAAACGAACGGUCCCCUUCUCAAGAUCAAUGGUAACAAAGCUGCUGCAAACGUGUUUGAGCGUCGGUCUUCCACAAGCCAUUCCCACAGUCACCGUCACUCGCACGAAGGAAGAGGGUCCACAGACCGUUCCACAAGCUCCCAGCAUGCGGAGGAGGAAGAGCACGCUCGACGCGAGAGAAGGGCGCGACGAAGGGUCGCGGACGAAGCAGAGCAGCCAAAGGAAAGAGAAACGACCGAGCAUCAUCGCCACCGUCAUGGUGGAGAAACGCGCCAUCACCAUCACAGACAUCGGAGAGAUGAGCCUCCAAAGGAACAGUCGAAGCUCAAGACUAUUCUCAAAGCAGUUGUUGCUCAUUAA